AUGAAAUGGUUGCUGUUGAUACUCCUGAGGGCCAGCAGUGCCAGUCACCUUCUCUCGAAAUCAGAUGAUACUGGUACUGUGUGGGAAGAAGACUCUGAAAGGUGUGGGAUGAACGAAAUGAACAACCUUCUUCAGAUUAGCGUGGAAGUUGACAAGAAUGCGCUUCGUGCUUUGCCACACAAUCUCUCAGAUUGGCCUGUACCGUCGCAGAGCUUGUCAUUGCUGGUUGCGCCCUUGCAAGCUGUGAAUGAGAGAUUGAACGAAACUCAGUCCUCCAGGCUUGUGAUUGCAGAGCCCACCAUGCCUACACCGUUCAUGACCUUGCAGCAUGUCAGCAACAUUCUGGCACUGAUGAGCGCCACAGUGCAGAUGAACUUCGUAGUGAAAGCAGUAGCUGGUAUCUUCACUGCUGGCUUAUCUGAUCGGAUUGGCCGAAGACCCACCCUUUUGGUUUGCAUGUUCUUGUUAAGUUUGGCAAGCUUUUGCUGCGGAUGCGCUGGUCGUGUGGAAUGGUUCGUAGCUGCCCGCAUUCUUCAGGGGAUUGGAGAAUCUGUCGAGCCAGUGAUUUUUGCGAUGACUCGGGACUAUUUUCCCAAUCCAGAGCAACGCUUCGGGAUAGUUGCUGCCUUGCAGAUGAUGUCCAUUGGUGGUAUGUUGGUCGCACCUGUUAUUGGAGGCUUUCUUGCGGAGCUCUUCAACUGGAGCUACCCCCGGGGGGACGUGGCACGUGGCACGUGGCGCGGCGGCGGCGACCCGCAGACGACCCGCAGACAGGGCCGUGCCGGUGCUGCCUGCUUCUCCACUGCUGCAAAAACCUUGCAGGAGAAGUUCCUUGGUGUGAGAUGGAAGAUGGAGAUGUGGGCUGCAGGUGCUACAGUCACAGAUGUGGCAGCCGAGUCCUGUGAGCGUGCGGCCAAAGCGGAUCGCAAUGAAUGGAUCUAUUUGGUGCCCAAGGAGCAGGUCCUUGCAGAGGCAAAAACUUUGGAGACUCGAGCCUCUUCGAUGACCGAGGAGGAAAGACAGCGAGAACUUCCCCUUUUGGGUUCCACCUUCGCUGUGAAAGACAACUUGAUGGUGAAGGGUCUUCCAACCACCAAUGCCAUGGACUAUCGAGCCCCCAGGCGUCCCCCGCUGGCACAUGAAAGUGCUGCGGUGGUGCAGAAGCUUCAGGAUGCAGGUGCCAUUGUGGUGGGUAAGACCAACCUCGACUGUGCUGCCACAGGCUUGGUGGGCGUUCGAUCACCGUAUGGCGCUUGUCAGAACGCGCUCGAUCGCUCCUUUCUGUCGGGUGGUUCUUCCUCCGGCUCCGGUGUCGCGGUGGCCUUGGGCCAGGUCACCUUCUCCCUGGGCACGGAUACUGCUGGCAGCGGCCGAGUGCCAGCGGCUUUGAACAACAUCGUCGGUCUCAAGGCAUCCCGUGGGCUUUUGUCCACCCAUGGGCUGUUGCCUGCUUGCAAGUCACUUGACUGUGUGUCGAUCUUCUCCUUGACCGUCCAAGAGGCACGCUACCUUCACUUCUUGGAGAUUGGGACUUCCAACUUUCGAACCCUGGUGGGUCAUCAACCACCCGAGCAAAGCGGCAUGAGCGUAGAGGCUUUGCCAUACUAUGUGGAAGAGCUGAGGCAGCGCUACAAUGAAAGCCAUCCAAGAGUGACCCUCGUCAAUGCAGCGCUACUGCCAGAGGCGACCAACUAUCGUGCGACGGCCUGGUUCGUGCAUCCAGAAAACCUCUCUACCUAUGGGCUUCCAGCGCACAUGGCUGGUACCACCCGCAUUGGUCCUGAGCCGCAUUGGGGGGUCUUGGAGCACCUGAAGAAGUUGGGCCUGGCGCAUUUGUUGGUCUCUCGACAAGUCCCUGCCCUUACGCUCGGCAAGUUGCUGGACUUGCACCAGGCUUGCCGACAGGGCUUCUUGAAGAUUGAUGCAGAGGGCAUGGACGAGCUUCUCUUGAGAGCCUAUGUGAAGUACCUGUGGGAGCACCCCCCAUGCUGGGCUGAUGGCAUCGAAUUUGAAGUGAAUCAUUUUCUGAAAAGCUCAAAGACCAUUGACGUUUGGACUGCCUUGGAAAGGCUUGGCUAUCGGAUGAUUAGCAUUCGAGAUCCUUUGGAAGCAGGCGUGGCGCGCAUGGUUCAUGAACCUCCUACGGAUGCCAGACACUUGGCGAGACCUUUGCCAGACAUGAUACCUCCAGCGCCACAGAUCCUUCACAUGCUCCUGCCUUGCUUCUUCAGCGAUCCUUUUGCUUGCGAAGCCACAGAAGUGGACUUGGAGCAGACGUUGCACCGCUGGCGCGCCACCCUGCCGGGCUGGCGCCUAAGAGUGUGGAGUCCCUCACGCCUGGUCGAAGCGCUCGCGAGCUUACCCGACGAGUGGCCCAUGAUCCUCACAGCCGAUGUGGGUGGCAACGAGGCGGUACCGGUCUUCGCUGCCAAGUAUCAGCUUUUGGCCUACUUUGGCGGUGUUUUUGUGCCGUGGUCCCUGGAGCCUCCACGUUGGCUCUCGGCUGUAUUGAGCUCCACGGCCUGGUCCAGCUUCCAGAUUUGGGACACUGGAAUCAACUUUCGCGUGAAGCACGGGCUGCUGAUCAUGGGCGCUGCCUUUCAUCCCGUGCUGCAAUCAUUGGCACAUAGCAUUUUUUGGGAAGCCGGCUACAGAAAGCCUGCGAGCCUCGCGGAACUGGAGUUGAGGCUUCUGAAAGAGUCUUGGACGUCCUGGAGUACAGAUCCAGUGCCCAUUGCGCAGACGAAUUUCAGCGCACGACGCCUUUGGGAACUGGCGGCCGCUGCGAGCGGCGCAGACCCUUGGGAUCGACCUGCCAAGGACUUGAAGCAAGGGCCACGGCUGCCACCUUCUGGCAAGGCAAGCUUUAGGUUCGGCAUUCCGAGCCAGCCCUUCCUGGAUUUCCACAGCUUUGGAGCUGCUUCCCAGGCUCGUGCGGCACUCUAUUCCGAAGCUUGGGAAAGGUCGGUGGAUGCCCUGAAAGCCAUUGGAGGAACCUGUGUGGAAGUGGAUUACGCGCCAUUCCAAGAGGCAGCAAAUCUUCUCUACCAGGGCCCUUGGGUCGCGGAGAGACUUUCCUCUGUGGCAGAUUGGGCAUCAGAUCCAGAGGUGGUGCACCCCAUCGUCAGAAAGAUUGCUGAACAUGGAACUGAAUGGUCAGCACAGCAGUGCUUCGAGGCCAUCUACCGGUUGCAGCAGCUACGGAUCGAGGCACAAGAAGCCAUGAGCAGCACCCAGGCGGAGGUGCUGGUGACUCCGACCGUCGGUGCGACCUAUACCAUCGAGGACGUCCUUGCAGAUCCCGUUGCUUUAAACACACAGCUUGGUCGAUAUACGAAUCACAUGAACUUGCUGGACCUUUGCGGCAUCGCUGUGCCGACGGUGCUGUCGAGCGAUGCGCCGUGCCUGCCGUUCGGUGUGACCAUCUCGGCCGCUGCGGGGCAUGAUGCCUUCAUUUGCGACAUUGCCCAGAGGCUACACGCAGCCUCCAAGCUCACAGUGGGAGCAUUGCAGUCCUCCGUCCAAGAUGUCUCUGCAGCUGUGGAGGCCACUCAGGGCAAGCACUUUGGAGCGUUGCCCGCCGAUGUGGAGACGUUUGAAGUUGCAGUUUGUGGAGCACACAUGGAAGGACUGCCCUUGAGUUGGCAGCUCACGGAGCGCGGCGGCCGCUUCGUGCGCCGAGCCAGAACAGCACCCAGGUAUCGCUUGGUGGCUUUUGACAUGAAACCACCUCGACCUGGCUUAGUAGACUCCAGCAGUGGUGCAAGCAUUGAGCUGGAGAUUUGGGAGCUUCCAGCUGCGGCUUUUGGGAGCUUCAUGAAGUUGGUGGCCUCACCCUUGGGCAUUGGGUGGAUCGAACUGGAGGAUGGCAGCCGAGUGCAGGGCUUCAGACAGGUGGAUGUUGGAGCGAACAGCACCGGGUUGGUGAACGCCGGAGGUGAUCCACCGAGUGAUAUCACCAGCUAUGGCUCUUGGAGGAACUUCCUGAAGAAGUGA